CUUGUACCCACUUCUCCUUUGACGUACUUAAACACAAUGGCGCGACAUUUCCGGACAGAACUAUUGCUUACUUCGCUUGAAAAAUGCGAGGAGUUGUUGGAUCGCCCAGUAUUCACUGAUAAAGCCGGUGUUGCGGUGCUUGGCUCUGCUCUGUUUCCUUUCGCCGUUUUUGAGACAACUGACAGGACCAAGGAGCUGCUGGACGACAUCAGACAAAUUUUCACGCGAAGCAAGCUCGUGACCGACUGCACCGAACAGGUACUCAUGCGUGCAUAGUGACAACAUAACACUUGACAAUGACGAAGCUGUAUGGGACAAUAUGCACAGGACCGACAAGGGCGCACGGCUGCCAUACACGGUGUGACUGGCGUGGACAAACGGCCCUUUGAUGAGCACUGGCUCCACGUCUCGUCCCCGUCUACAAGGAAGACAAUGUACACGGAGAAUACGUCUGCCAUACAUGCCUCCGGACUGGGGCACUUCUGGUCCCGAGAAGUACGACGCAUCUCGCGCGCUGCCAUUGGAGAAGUUGUUGGCAUCACUUCAGGCUGACUUGCAGCUGUUCAAGGACGACACUCUAUUUGAGGCAUGCAAGGGCGCAGACACGUCCUUCUACCUUGGACCCAACCGGGGCAUGUGUGACGUGCUUGCAGGCACCAAGCACUCCUUCACUGGCAGCCACGAGGACUACCCCUUUUCUGCCCCAAGUGCACUCAUCGUCAUGACGGGUGAGAAGAUGUUCUGGACUGCGCCGGGCUCCUUUAGGCAGUUGCUAGAGGGCUGCACCAAGAAGGCCGACAUGGACCUGCUGCUGACAUCAAUGAGGCUCAUCACUCCUGCCAUCCUCAAGCAACUGCACGCUGCCUUUGGCGGACAUCUGGUAACACUCGGCCCAAUGGGCGGCGUGUGUGCACGCAACCGCGCUUGGUGCCGCUGAGAAGAGAGUUGCAGACGCACGUGCGUUCGUGAUGGAACUCUGGGAGAAACGGCGCAACAGCACCCUGGCCAAGGGCGAGGGUGAAGGUGACGAAGAGGGUGAGGGCGAGAGUGAGAGCAAGGGUGAGGGUGGGAGUGGGAGUGGGGGUGAGGGGGGCAGCACCAGCAAGAGCUCGAGUGAGGGUGAGGAUGAGAGCGCGGAUACGAGCACAAGCGUGGGUGAGGGUCAGGGUGGCACAGGUGAUGAUUGGGACGAGGAGGAGGAGAGAGAGAAGGUGGUGCGGCGGCUACUUGCCUACGAGUUCGCAGAUAGCGAGGAGGCAGAGUUCCGUGGUUACAGCAACCUGUUCAACAAGGGAUGGGCAAACUGGAUUGAGGCACGGAUACGGGACGAUUCCAUCCUGUUUGGGUAUGGGAAUGCGGAGGAGAUGAGGGCAGCACAUGAGCGCCUGGAACUGGUCAAGGGCCUGCUAGAGGAUGAGUCCCGUCCCCUAGGCACGCUCCUUUGCAUUGGUGCCGACACAGCAUGGGCAAGGCGGCAACUAACUGUGGUGAAGAAUGCACUGCGGGUGUCGAGGAAGAGGAAGGCAUAAGUUAGGAGGUGGGGCCACCAGGCGGUGGAUUGAUCAAAGUGAAGGUAGACGGUGUGCCAUGGAUGGUGGCUGGGGGCAUUAGGGUGUGUAAGAGUGGCGGCCGAGGGUGUGGGGUGGGCCAUCCACCACAAUAGGAGCAGGGGUACCUGCUGAACGGU